AUGAGUGAUGCGACUUCAUUACCCCAGAUUUCAGUUUUACCUCAUGAGAUCAUUCAAACUAUAACUUCAUUUUUAACUAUAGAUGAUUUGAAAAAUGUAGCACAGAUAAAUCAUUUAUUUAACUAUUAUGCUAAUGAAGUGAUAUAUAGACAUAUAUCAAUCAUUGAUGAUGGUUAUAAGGUGAAUAAUAUUCACCAUACAAAAUGUCAUAUUCAAAAUAUUGAUAAUUUGACUAAAUCAUUAACUGAAAAAGUUUUUCAUCAUAUAAGAUCAAUCCAAAUAAAUUGUCUGUCAUCUUUAGAACUUAAUAAUUACGAGUCAUUAUAUCAACGUUUAUAUGAGUUGUCUACUAAUAUCCAUACUGGAUAUCAAAUAAAAUUCUUAAACUAUGAUUAUUCAAGUAUACAGAAAUAUCAAUCCCUCAAUCAAUAUAUAUUGAAUAAGUCAAUCACAUUCAAUCUGGAUACUUGUUGUUAUGAUGCUUCAAAUACUAGAUUAAAUGCAUUUUCUAACUUAAUGGCUCUUCAACUUGAAGAUAUCAAUCAAAUUAAUAUGUCUUCUAGUUUGGAUCAAAUGUCAAUUAUUCUCAGUCAUUAUAAUACUUUCCCCGAUCAUCAUUUAAAUUGGAAUAUGUUCAAUAACCUUUAUGAGUUGUAUUUGAAUACUCAUGCAUCAACUGUUAUGUUACUUGAUUAUACACAUAGAACAAGUGUAACACCAUUAAAUCAUUUAUUAUCUUUUGCAGUAACAUUUUCGCAUUCAAAUGGAAGUCAUAUGACAGUUUCUAAUUUACAAACGUUCAUUAAUUUUGCAUCAUUAACCAAAUUAGAAUUGAGAUUGGAUUGUUCAUUACUGGGAUGUUCAUGUAUCACUACCUUCAUUCAAGAUUUGAAUCAAGUGGAAAUGCCAGAUUUAAAUCAACUUAUAAUUAAUAAUAUUAAAUCUGAUUGUAGAAGUGCACCACAAUACAAAGCUCUCAUUCAUCAUGCUCCAUUCCAUUUAAACUCUAUCAAAUCCUUAAAUAUCCUGAUUAAUAGCUUUGAGUUUCUGAAUGUCGCUGUUUCAACAUCCAAAUUUUUUAAGAAUCUAACGCCAUUGACACAAAUAGAAGAACUUAUAAUACCAGAUAUACUCAGUUCAAAUUGGCUUAAUAAUAGAUUUGAAGCAUUAUUAACUAGUUGUGAAUGUAUUCAUUGUAAUAAUACUCGGAGAUUAUUCAAUCACCUUUCAUAUUAUGAUGCCGAAAACAAUUAUAGACAUGAUUUUAAAUCACAACCUAAUUUAGAAAAUACUUCAACUACAACCAUUCUUAAAAAUCAUAGUAAUAUUCGAUUCCUACAAUAUCUAAUUAGUUUACUCAAAUUACAAUUCCAUAGUAAUGUCAAUUUUUCAUUAUUGGAGAAUAAUAAUUAUAUUGAAAAUGAUACUUUAGUACCCUUUAAAUCAUUAUUCAGACAUUGUUACUUGAAUAAAGUGGCUACUGAAAUCAAACAAAAUCUUCCUCUCAUACAAACACUCAAUUUAGGAGGUAUAGUCAUAACUAAUUUAUAA